ACCGGAAGUGGUAUUCUGGAAACGACAGCGCAUUGAUUUUCGUCCCCACAACAAUAAAAGAGAGACAAAAACAACGAUUAAAAGCAAAAAGGCGUCUCGGAAUUUCACUUGGACGUCGAGGGCUUAAAAGAAACCUCGCGGGCAGCCAUGCUGUCGGACGCAGACUAUUCCGGGAAUGCUUCUGGUGCACGGAGAGCCAAGAAGAGGAGCUCCGGGGAGUCACCAGGGGACGGACAGACACUGCGCUCCUCAGGAAGGCAGGUCAACGUCCGGGUGAAGCGCACCAACAACCCUCCACCUGGUCAGAGCAAAAGAAAAGCCACAGACACAGAGGAAGAAGAUGACCAGUCUGAGAAGAAGUACAGAAAAUGUGAGAAGGCCGGGUGUUCUGCCAUGUAUCCUGUUUGUUUUGCAAGCGCAUCUGAAAGAUGUGCUAAAAAUGGGUACACGUCGCGGUGGUAUCAUCUGUCAUGUGGGGAGCAUUUUUGCAAUGAGUGUUUUGAUCACUACUACAGAAGUCACAAAGACGGCUAUGAGACCUUUGCUUCGUGGAAGAAAGUGUGGACUAGUAAUGGGAAAAGUGAGCCCAGUCUUAAAGCUUUCAUGGCAGAUCAGCAGCUGCCAUACUGGGUUCAAUGCACCAAACCUGACUGCAGGAAGUGGCGCCAGUUGACCAAGGAGAUCCAGCUCACUGCCUCCUUAGCAGCAACAUACCGCUGUGGGAUGAAGUUCAACAACAUUAAGAGCGAGGAGCCCGAUCAGUGCUCCCAACCAGAGGACUUGAGAGUGGCAGAGGUGACGGACAGCUGGUGGCAUUCAAUGCUCAUUUUGCCACCAUUGUUUAAAGACAGCCCAGCCAGCCCUUUCCUCACUGCGUACUACCCCGACUGUGUGGGGAUGAGUCCAUCAGGUUCUUCUAGCAACAUGUCUCUGGGCGAGCUGAGGGCGGAUCACUGCAGAGCUGCUCAGCCUCAAAUUCCAGGCUUGUGUCCAUACUUCCAGCCCUUUUACCAGCCAAAUGAGUGCGGAAAGGCUCUGUGUGUGCGGCCUGAUAUGAUGGAGCUAGAUGAGCUUUAUGAGUUUCCAGAGUUUUCCCGUGAUCCCACCAUGUAUCUGGCUCUGCGCAACCUUAUCCUGGCCUCCUGGCACAAGAACUGUAAGGAGGUGCUGACUUCAGAGAAAUGUGCCCAGCACAUCAUUGUUCGAGGGUUGGUGCGUGUGCGUUGCGUGCAGGAGUUGGACCGAGUGCUCCAUUUCAUGACCAGGAAGGGUCUCAUCAACACCGGUGUGCUGGCAGCAAAACAGCCUCUGCUCCCAGAAACAUACUGCUCUAAAAAUGUUAUCAUCAUCGGUGCCGGGGCUUCAGGACUGGCUGCUGCACGCCAGCUGCAAAACUUUGGCACUCAGGUGGUGGUGCUCGAGGCGAGAGACAGAAUAGGUGGUCGGGUGUGGGAUGAUGCCUCUCUGGGUGUCACUGUGGGUCGAGGAGCUCAAAUUGUUAAUGGCUGUGUAAACAACCCCAUUGCCCUGAUGUGUGAACAGUUGGGCAUCAAGAUGCACAAGCUCGGAGAGCGAUGUGACCUCUUUCAGGAGGGAGGGCAGGUCACUGACCCUGCCAUCGACAAGCGCAUGGACUUCCACUUUAAUGCCAUCCUGGAUGUGGUGUCAGAAUGGAGGAAGGACAAGUCGCAGAACCAGGACACACCACUGGGAGAAAAAGUCCAAGAAGUUAAGAAGAACUUUCUCCAGGAGUCUGGGAUGCAAUUCAGUGAGCUGGAGGAGAAGGUGCUUCAGUUUCACCUCAGCAACCUGGAGUUUGCCUGUGGAAGCACAUUAGACCAGGUAUCGGCAAGAUCCUGGGACCACAAUGAAUUUUUUGCCCAAUUCUCAGGAGACCACACUUUGCUUACCAAGGGCUACUCUGUUUUACUCUACAAACUGGCCGAGGGCCUCGACAUCCACACAAAGUGUCCGGUUCAGGCCAUUGAUUACUCAGGUGAUGUGGUCAAAGUUACCUCCUCUGAUGGGUCGCAGUGGACAGCACAGAAGGUCCUUGUUACAGUUCCUUUGACUUUGCUUCAGAGGAACCUGAUUCAAUUCAACCCUCCACUUCCUGAAAGGAAAUUGAAGGCGAUCCACAGUCUGGGAGCGGGUAUAAUAGAAAAGAUCUCGCUUCAGUUCCCGUACAGAUUCUGGGACAAAAAAAUCCAAGGAGCAGACUACUUCGGUCACAUCCCAACAGGUCUUGAAAAGAGAGGCAUGUUCAGUGUCUUCUAUGACCUGGAUCCACAGAGAAAGCAGGCUGUGCUGAUGUCUAUUAUCAGUGGUGACGCUGUUUCUUCUGUGCGGGACAUGGAGGACAAAGAGGUGGUUGAUGAGUGCAUGAGGGUACUGCAGGAACUUUUCAAAGAGCAGGAGGUUCCUGAGCCAGUGAAUUUCUUCAUCACUCAUUGGAGCAAAGACAUCUGGUCCCAGAUGUCCUACAGCUUUGUGAAGACAGGGGGCAGCGGAGAGGCCUACGACAUUCUCGCUGAAGACGUGCAGGGAAAGGUGUUUUUUGCUGGCGAGGCAACCAACAGACACUUUCCUCAGACUGUGACAGGAGCCUACCUCAGUGGCGUCAGAGAGGCCAGCAAGAUGGCCGCUAUGUAACCUGUCACUCCCAGAGCACUCAUAAACACCAGCACGGACUCACGGGUUGCACCGAACAACAGACCAUUAAUAAAGUUGGACUGUGUUGUCUCACUUGCUCCACUU